CUAGCAGUGAAAUUUGUUACGAACGAUGGCCGGAGGAAACCACGGCAAGGGCUCCUCCCACAAGCCAUCUAUUGCUUCAACCGCAUCCUCCGCCAACCACCGCAAGUCCCGAUGGGAUCCUCCUCCUUCAAAUACCAACAACAAUUCCAAUGCCAAACCCAAAACGACGACCACCACCAAAUCUCCAGCCACCGAUUCCAAACCCCCAAAACCUAAAAUCGACUCAUCUCCCAAGCCCGGCCCAACUCCUACCGCGGCCCAACCUAAGCCCACAACGAAGGACACGCCUCCGUCCCGUCCCGGCAACCCACCUGCGGUCCCUUCUCCUGGAUCUCAUCAAUUCCCGUUCCCCGACCCCGCCGCGCUUGGCCCACCUCCGCCGCCGGCAUACGGUUUUCACAUGCUUGAACGACGCUCGAUCGCUCUUGCUGAUGGGAGUGUACGGUCCUACUUCGCUCUCCCUCCCGAUUAUCAAGAGUUCCCUAUGGGGAGGUUCGGUCCACCGGGUCCGGGUUAUGAAAUGGGAGGGAUGGACCGGCGUUUCCCACACGGCGGACAGAUAAGUCCCGGUGGAGGAGGGUAUAACCGGAACCAAGAUUACUGGAAUUCGCUUGGGCUUGAUGGGCGCGGUGGACCCGGUGAAGGGUCACUGAAGAGGAAAUACUCGGAAGAGGAAGAGAAGGAUAAAGAGAAAGAGAAGGAUCUUAUGGAUGAUUUCGCUAAACGAAGGCAGCAUCAGCAGCAGUACAUGCCGUAUGGGAAUUCCAAUGGUUUUUCGGCGGGUCCUAGCCAUCGCGGCAACAAAUCUGCCGACAACAAUGGCGAAGAUUCGAAUUCUAACAAACAUACGAGGGAUGUUCGGGGUCAUGAUAAUAAUUUAGGUUUCAGGCAAGGUUCUGGUGGUGGUGGUAAUCAAGGGACGCAUAAGCAUCUUGAAGUUGACCAGAGUGAGCUGAAGAAGUCGUUUCUUCGAUUUGCCAAGGUGAUUAACGAAAAUGCUAACCAGAGGAAGAACUACUUGGAGAAUGGAAAGCUCAGCCGUCUUCAUUGUAUUGCUUGUGGCAGGUCUUCUAAAGAUUUUCCGGAUAUGCAUAGUCUCAUCAUGCACGCUUACAAUGCGGAUAAUGCUGACUUGCGUGUGGACCAUUUAGGCUUGCACAAAGCUCUAUGUGUUUUAAUGGGUUGGAGCUACUCAAAACCUCCUGAUAACUCAAAAGCGUACCAAUUUCUUUCUGCUGAAGAAGCAGCAGCAAACCGGGAUGAUCUGGUUAUUUGGCCACCAAUGGUUAUAAUUCAUAAUACAUUAACAGGAAAGAACAAAGAAGGGCGGAUGGAAGGUUUGGGAAACAAAAGUAUGGAUAGCAAAAUUAGAGAGUUUGGAUGCACUGGUGGUAAGUCAAAAUCCUUGUAUGGUAGAGAAGGCCAUUUGGGUACAACACUCAUCAAGUUUUCAAGUGACCAAGCAGGCCUUAAGGAGGCCAACCGCUUGGCACAGUAUUUUGAUCAGGAUAACCGAGGACGCGGAGCUUGGACCCGUCUACAACCUUUAACACUAGGAAGCAAGGAUGAUGAGAACAAUCCACACCUUAUGAAAUUUGAUGACAGAACGGGAGAGAAAAAGAGGAUUUUCUAUGCCUAUCUUGGAACUGCCAGUGAUCUAGACAAAAUUGACUUUGAUACGAGGAAGAAAAUCGUGAUUGAAAGCCAGAGGGAGUACAGAUAACCAAAUAGACUUUGAACAAAAUUGACUUUUGAGGUAUUGUGGUAACUUAUUCACAUUACACUUUUAGUUUAAGCACAUUUGGUGCCGAUCUUUUUAUGGUUGAUGUGGGUGGGGACUGUCUUGUUGGUAGGUGAUUGAAGCUUUUAUGUAAAUUUAAUAGCCAACAGGGGUGUCAUGAGGCCAAUAGAGCUCCAUUUUAAAUAUGCCUGCUUAUAAUUAUUGGAAAUUUGGAAUGCCGUUUUUUGUUAUUAUUGUUACUAAUCUCUUUUGGGUGGAUCA